AAUGAGCCACGGUACCUGGAGAAAGGCAGGGAGAAGCUGCCGGUGGCUGAUACCUGGUCUGAUGCUGAUCCAGCUGAGAUUUCAUCCAGAAAGAACCUGCUGGCUCUAGCCUGCACAGCGGCUGUAUCUGCCUGGUAAAGCGGCUCGGGAGUGACAUCGUUGUCUUCUUCAUCAAAUACCUGCAAAGAGGUGCGCAAUUAGCCACCUAGCUUCAGCGGCACCUAGCCUAGCCUAGCCUAGCGGAGCAGGGUGUCGUCGGCUGCUCUAAGUUACCCGAACAGCUUGUCUCGGAGUCUGAAUGGCGCUCUUCUCCAGAACUUUACUGCCCUGGCCCAGACUGAAACUUCUUCUGCUGGAGGAGAGGACGACGCUGUUCGUGUGUCUCGUACUUUGGUUGACUCCAUGUACGCCUGAAUGUGAAAUACUGAUUGUUCGAGACGAGCUAGAAGGCAGAGAAAUAACAAAUAAGCAGAACGGUUAGCGUGGCUCAUGUUUGUUCGCUUACAGUCACUAAAAUGUGAACUUACGGCCUCAGCACCAGAGUACGUCUCUUCAGUCGGUCUUCUUUUGCUACAGAAGAGGACAUUAUCGUAGUUUUGUGGUGGAGCUGUUCUACUCGGUUGCCAUGGCAACGUGACGCUAGGCGCCCCUGCUGGCCAGCUGUCCUGUGAAUAAGCUGAUUCAGACACGUAACUAUGUGUACUAAUAAAGCUCAUUUCAAAGACGUAGUGUUGACUGUGGAAAGAGCAGGCAGACGAAGAGCAUGGAUGAAGGAGAGGGCAAUCGGAGAGGGGAAAGGAGAAGCAGAGGCUCGGAGGAAAAGCAAAACCAGAUAAGGCAACGGUCUAAUCAUCAUGGUUCGGACUCAGGACAAAAGAGUUGUCUAAGAAAACAACACCUGAUCAUGAUAUCUGUGGCUGUUGGACUUGUCCUGCUGGUCAUCAUCACUGUCACAGCUGUGCUGCUCACUAAAAAGCCAGAUUCCUCAACUCCUCCUCUCUUGUUUUCCACUGGUGGAGACAUGCUGGACUACCUGUAUCAAUCGGGUAAUAUAAGCAAACCUGAUGGUCUUUUGGCUACCUGGGUUCACAGAGCCAAUAGCAAGGAGGAAAUGAACAACGCUCUAGCAAGUGAUGCUAUGAUCCUGGAGUCUGAUGUCACUCUGGAGGGUUAUGGAACUCCCAAUGUGAAGCCAAUCCCUAUCAUGGCCCACCCUCCUCUUGUCUAUAGUGACAACACUCUGAACGAAUGGUUGGAUGCUGUGCUGGCCUCUACAAAAGCUAUGAAGUUGGAUUUCAAGGCUCUGGGGUCAGUGGGUUUGUCAUUGGACCUGCUAAUUGAAAAGAACAAUAGCAAAGGAAUAAACAGGCCCGUGUGGCUUAAUGCAGACAUCCUUCAUGGUCCCAACGCACCAACUUUUGUGCCUACAAUCAAUGGAACGAGAUUUCUGCAGCUGAUUCAGGAGAAGUUUCCAGAUGUGACUUUGUCUCCUGGAUGGAUGGUAGUCUAUCAGCCUCCAAUUCUUACUCAAACCUACACCAGGCCCAUGAUGGAGGACAUGUAUAAUAUGAUCAAAGAUGUCCCUCAGUUGGUGACAUUCCCAAUCUACGCCCUGUUGGCUCGCAGUGGCUGGCAGCACAUCAACUGGCUCCUCAGCCAGUCAUCACGGUACAGUCUGACAUUGUGGCAGGGUUCAAUUCACCCAAACAUCAGUGACCUGCUGUUCAUCCGUGACAACACUAACCCUGCUAGUGUAUACUACGAUAUAUAUGAACCGACGCUGUCUGCAUUUAAAGAGGCUGUGGGGGUACAGGGCCGUCUGAGGAGAUUUUAUCCUGGAGGAGACCUGAUGGACUUCCUCUAUCCAAUACACAACUCAGGCACAAACUUCCAGUCCACAGCCACACAACACAACAGCCUGGCUGUUCAUUGGUUUGCAGUUACUGACUGGACCUCCCUGCUGAGUCAGCUUUCAGAUGGUACUGGCGGCAUGUUGGUGGUUCGAGUAGCUUCUAACAGCAACCGGCCUGGAGUCCCUUUGGUGGAGGGUUCUGAAAAAAGCUCAGAGGCCAUCACGCUCGAGGACAUCUUGCAGCUGCUUGGGCAGAGGGCUGAUGUCCCCUGGGGUGUCCACCUGCGGAUUCAAACUCAGCAGCUCCUAGAAGCCUCUCUCAAACUGCUGCACUCAGCAUACAGCAGAGAGGAGCUCUAUAGGCCUGUCUGGAUCAGCAUGGAGGGCUCACAGAGCACUGACAACACAACGGGCUUUGUGUCUGCAGUCGAGAGGCUGUUCCCUUACGUCACUCUUGUCCUGACACAGCACACUUGGCCUCCUGUGAUCCCAGAGAUAGCGACAAGCUUGUCUCAGAGGGUAGCUCUUUAUCUGAACACGGCUUCACUGCCAAAAGGACAGGGGGCGCUUUACUCUCUGAUGGGAAUGAUGGACAAAUAUGACCUUAUAGUAGUGGAGGAAAAUACAAAAAUCAGCACUGAAGAAUUUGCACUCUUCAAAGGACUUGUGACCCAGCGUGCAGGGAAAGCAAACACUAACCUGUAUCUGAUCAACUCCAACUGAGGAUGGAUAUGACCAACCCAGAAUUACAGCGCUCAAAAAGGAUAUUUGUGUAUGAAUGUUCAGUCAUUUUAUGUAAUCAUUGUUACCUGUUAUGUAACCUUACUUACUGUGCACAUGAUUUUUUUUAGGUUAUUUUAAUUUCUUAAGUUAACCAUAGUAAUUUAUAUUGAUUAUUAAGCUAUACAGUAUACUCUUAUAAGUUGUGUGUAUUUCAGUAGGAAUAAUUUCACAAUGUUAUUCUAGACUUGCAGAAUUACUUUUUAUUAUCACAACCAAUAAUUAUUAACCAUCACUUUCUGUAGACAUGGUAGAUUACUUUGCAUAGACCAGGUAACAUACACCUGCAGAGAGGGGGAUCUCCUGUGAACCCUGAGAGAGUGAAGUCACUUAGGUGUUGGGUGUAAAACUGUAACUACCAGUCAAACAACGCCUGCUGCACAGGAAGUGAUUGUGCUGAACUUUAGACAGCUGGAUAUUUAGACAUGUUUCUGCAUUUUUCUUUUAUCAGGUAAAGCACACUUAUGAUUUUGUUAAUUUCCUUUACUCUGAUUAAUUUAGAAAAUCACUAGAUGCAAUGUUUCUGAUCCAACCAUAAAUGAGUUCCUCACUUUUCAGGGGAACUGCCCUCUUAAUUUUCCCAAGUUUACUUCUGUAAGCAAUAGUUAUAUUCAUAUAUUCUUCUGUGUAUCUUUUCUCUUUUCUUUUCUUUACUUUUGGUUGCCAUGUUAUUGUGUUAGCAUGCUAUCGUUUGCUAGUUAGCACUAGGCAUAAAGUACAGCUGAAGCUGAUGAAAAGUUCAUUAGAUUGUGGGCAUUUGGUCAUAAACCAAAUAAAUGCCAAUCUAAUGAAGGCAUUAGAUGAAAAGUAAGAACAUAAACAUUUUUACAAUAUACUGUAUCCUCAGGGGACCAUGAAUACUAAUGGAUAAGUAUUUGAACUAGAUGUCAAAGUGAUCCAUCAAUAGUUAGACAUUUCAAUUAAAACCAAAAAUGUCAACCUCAUGGGGGUCUCCCCAAAUAGUGUGCUAGUGUCUUUGUCAAUAUUUAUGGUUUUGAUCAAACUCCAUUAAUUAGGUCUAUUUAAUUUUUUAA